AUGGCUUUUGGUGAUGGCAACACACCGACUGGGGAUAGCAGCCGUGGCCUUAUGCUUGGUAUCAUCAACCAACUCACCGCAUUCACACAUAUUCUUGGCAACUAA